GGGCGUCCUGCCACGUCGCCAACAGAAACAUUUAUUAUAGUCCGAACCGAUGUAGUAGCAAGAAGUAGUAGUCGCGUGCGUGUGUGUGUUUACGUUUUAAUUUUUAAAAAUUUCGAAAAAAAAAAAAUAAAAUACAACGAUUAAAUAAACUAUAUAACAAUGGAUGGACCUACGACCGCCGAAGCUCCGAGAGCUUCUCACCCCCGAAGAGCUUACCAGACGGUAACCGACGAUAUCACCCCGAAGAAAUCCAUGCUCGUGGUCGUUAUCGUUGUGGGAUGCUUUGCCGUUUUAUGGCCGAAAGUUUUUUAUCCGAUGUUGGUAGGAAAUGCUAAUCAAGCCAUUAAACCUAAUGCCAGAGAUAAAGCAGAAGGUUGCUGUUACGUCUUCUCCGAAACAGACGUAAAUACUAUAGAACUGAUGUCGGAGUUAUGCAGCAGCAUAAUCGAUCAAUCGAAAGGUCCACUGUCCGGCAAAGAAAUCGUGAAUCGGUGUCGAAAAGAGGUUUUGGAGACCUGCGGCAUCGACAUCUCCGGGGUCCUGCAGGAACAAAUCCGUUUCGGCAGGACCAUCAAGCAGAUUUUAAACGAAGUCCGCUCAUUAAACGGUUCUUUAUGUCUCAAGUAUCAUUUUGGAGUGUCCCCUUGGCGACUUGGUGUUGGCCAUAAAGUUAACACCAAUUACACAGAUAAUAUAAAACAAGAACGACCACCGAAUAUGCGACCGGAAAUAAUUCACCCAGCUUUUAGAGAACGGGGUAGUGCAAUUCCAAAGCCGCAGGGAAGCGCACAAAUGCAGAGGAAACAUAUCAGGACCGUGGAAGGAAGGCCGGGUCCUGUACCAGGCAUGCGCCCCACAAUGGGUGGUCCAGGACAUGUUGUUCCACCGUCUCAGAAAGGUGGAAGCACAAUGGGAGUUUUGAUGCCAAUUUAUACCAUUGGUAUUGUUAUUUUCUUCACUUACACGUUAAUGAAGUUGAUAUUUAAACGUGAAAAUACUGGUGUUCGUGGAAAUCUUUAUCCACCAGUCGAUCCUGAUCCCAGAUUUAGAAGAGAAGUUUUUGAGAAUGAACGAUGCAAAUUUAAACCAAGAUUAUCGCGGGAUCCAACCGGAAGGAUUGGAUGGAAAGAACGUGACGCAACUGAAUGUAAUGGUGGAUGUCGGCGGCCGAUAACAGAUUUGGACCAGCUAAGGAAUCGCCUUCAGGAAACGGAAAGAGCGAUGGAACGCGUCGUCCAUCAAAUGUCCCGCGUCCCUUUGGUCCUCCAGGCGAAAACCGAUCGGAACGUUGCUAACGGUAACCUGAUGAAUGGAACCGUGCACAAGGACCAAGAACAGGCGUCCGUAAAAGUCCUUGGCAUGGAAACGACGGCAAGCUGCGAAGGAGGCGAGAAAUGGACCAAACCCGGCGAACCGGUUAUGUCACACCCGGUUCCAAAAAUUGAAGUAGCGCCCCCUCAAGAAAUUUAUCUCCAAGGAGCUUUACCUGCUCAAUCACAAAUUUUAGUCACCGAUUACGCAACAGUUACACAAUCAACAACAAGUGAUACAACUUCAGAUCCAGCUGUUGUACUUGCAGGAAAAAUGACUCUUUCUGUUAUCAGUAUGGAUAAUGUACAAGAUCAAGAUAUUGAAACUAACAAUGGUGAGUUACCAGAAUCAACUGGAGAAGAAGCCGUCGAAGAUGCUGAAGAAUCCAAAUAUACAACGGCGAGCAGUGCUACAGUAGCUGAACACGAAGUUUCAGACGAACAAGGAACCGACGAUGAAGAUGCUAACGAUGAAGUAGAAAGGAUACACGAUUUAGAUUUAGAUGUAAAUCACAUAUCAACUUUUGAUGAACCCGAAGAAAUUGGCCAAAAUGACGAGAACCAAAUCGAUGAUGUUAUUGAAAAUAAUUUCGUCGUUGUUGAAGAAAACAAUGUAAGUAAAGAUGAGGUCGAAGUUGAAGUGGAAGAAGAAGAAUUAGAUGACGAAGAGGAGGUUGAAGAAGAAAUUGAAGAAGAGGAAAUUGCAGAUGAAGAAAUUGAAGAAGAGGAAGUUGAAGAAGAAGAAGUUGAAGAAGUAGAUGAAGAAGAAGGUGGCAAAGAGAAAUUUGAAGAAAAAUUAGAAAAAGAAAAAAAUGUUGUUGAAGAAGGUAGUGAAGUUGUUGAAGAUAUUUCUUUGCAAAAAAACAUAGAAAGUGAAAUCACCGAUAAAGACAAAAGUGGCCAACAAAAAGAACAAUCUUCGUAAUAGUGUUCUGAAUAGUUUACCCAUAGAGUAAAUUAAUUUUAGAACAUAACGACUCCAGUUUAUACCGUGUGAUAUUAAAAUUUGAACGUGUGCUAUUUACCCGAGAAUUAAUUUUAUCUUAGGUGAAGAGUGGUCGUAAUCUGUUGUUAUAUUUUACCAUAUGUGAUCAUAUCCUCUAGUCAGUACCUACCAAUUUUAUUAGAAAACAAUAAAUAUAACCACCGUUGA